AUGGAACAAAUAACUAAAAAUUUCAAUAACGAGGGAAAUGAUGUCGCUAACGAUUCGCAAGUUGAUUCGGAAUCUUUAAAUGAUGUUAAAUGUGAUGUAUGCCCUACAACUUCUGUACAGUGUCAAAUCGAUUCAUUCUCAAUUGGUGACUUUAUUCGUUGUUCAACCAAAUCUUCUCAUUUUUCUGGCGAAUUGAUAAUAAAUGAUGUAACUAAUGGAAUUCUACUUUUAGAGGAAUACUUAAACAAUGGAAAGUCAACAUUACAUUUUGUCAAAAAAUGUGGACUUUUAACGAUUGAAAAAAUUUUCCCUUCACAAAAAAUGCAAAAAAGGCGAUCUAGCAAUUUAAUAAAACACAACAAUUCUCUAUACACAAUUGAUGAAAUUGAAAGAACUGAAAGUGUUUUGGAAAGUGAUUAUUUUAUUAAAGAUGAACAGGCUAAAAGGACUUUUUUGGAGCUUAAAAGGAUAGGGGAGGGGGCCCAUGGAGAUAUAUGGGAAUUUUUACAAUUUUUGGUCAAUUUUUCAAUUUUCAGAAAUCCUUUUUGGGGGGUAGAGGAACCUUUAAACUUCUCUCUUCUAAUGCCACUUUUACUGAUAUAUAACUGGCGUAAAUUUAUCACAAAUUUUAUUUUAAGAUUCGAUGACGUCAUCUGGGAUGGCUCAAAUAUUUUGGGUUAUUUUAAAAAUUUCUCUGAUUUUUUUCAAAUUUACUUUUUAGUCCUAAAAUGUAUUCGCGUCUUCCAUCCAUACGAUUUUAAAUCAAUAGAAAUUAUUGAUUCUAGAAGUUCUUCACUGGAAGCAUUUACUCGUGUACAGAAAAUUCUUGAAAUGAGGCGAGAUUGUCGAACAAUUCCAUCACUUUUAUCACUCAAUUUUUCAUUAAUGGAUGUUUGUGCACCGGGAACAUCUCAACAAUUAACAACAGAAGCUUCACAAGGAGAAAAUGCGUAA